CUGGUGAUGACGUCACAAAGACAGUAUGGCCGGACAGCAUCGGCUGUCUGCACUGUAACUUUGAAAGACGCUUUUCGGGGGUUCAAAGGGAUAUUUUAAAGAAAUAUGUCGGAUUACUUAAGAUCUGCUUUUGGAUACUUGAAUGGUGCUACAAAUACAAACGAAUACGUGGGACAAAUAUUGGAAAUCAACAAUGUAAAAUUACGUGUGACUAGGCUACUUGCCGAGGGUGGUUGGGCUUUAGUAUUUGCUGUAGAAGAUGUUAACACAGGAAAAGAAUAUGCUCUUAAGAGACUCUUUGCAGUUGACGAUGAGGCUAAUAAAAAUAUUGUGCAAGAAAUAGAAACUUUAAAGAGGCUAUCGGGUCAUCCAAAUGUAAUUCAAUACCUAUAUGCUCAGCGCUUAGAAUGUGAGGAUCGUAAAGGAUACGAAUAUCUAUUAGUGACAGAAUUAUGUCCUGGUGGUACCGUAGCAGAUAUACUUAGAAGUUUAACAACAAAUUCCCUAUCACUUGCCCAAAUUUGUAAAGUAGCCUAUCAAGCAACCAGAGCUGUGCAUCACAUGCACAGUCAACAACCUGAACCAUUCGUACAUAGGGAUAUAAAGUUAGAAAAUUUCUUAAUUGGAAGUGAUGGUUUAGUCAAACUCUGCGAUUUCGGUAGUACUUCAACCCAACAAAUUUUACCGAAUCCGUCAUGGAACGCUCAGAAGCGGGCCACGUUAGAGGAUCAAAUGGCAAAGUAUACAACCCCUAUGUACCGCGCGCCUGAAAUGAUGGAUACAUGGAACAAUGAGCCUAUUGGCCCACCAGUCGAUUGUUGGGCACUUGGUUGUAUACUGUAUUCCUUGAUAACGUUAAGGCAUCCGUUUCCUGAAGGUAAUAAACUUGCAAUCGUUAACGGCAAAUAUUCACCGCUCCCUGCUAAUCCUCGUCUAGCCUGUCUCCAUGACAUAGUAAAAGGUUGUUUAGAAGUAUCUCCGGUACGCAGACUCACGACAUCGAUGAUACUGGAACGUCUCGCAGCAAUAGCAGAAUCAAAUAAUUUUGAUCCCAGAGAACCCCCGAAGAUAGAAGUUCCAGUCAAAACACCACCUCCUCCUAGACCUGCACCACCACCGAGUACACCUGCUCCACCACCAAGGCCAACUCCUCCGGUAAAUGUACCACCUCCGAGACCCGUACCGGUUCAAACGGCCGUCGCGAAGGUCCCGGUUGCUCAAUCGACAGGCCUAUUUAGUUCGUUAAAAGGCGGUGCUGGUAGUAUUCUACGUAACUUAAAAGAUACCUCGAGCAAAGUGAUGCACUCCGUGCAACAAAGCAUGGCUAGAACUGAAUUAGAUGCAAGUUACUUAACGUCACGUAUAUUAAUAAUGCCGUAUCCAGCGGAUGGAAUAGAAUCUGCCUAUCGAGCCAAUCAUGUGGAGGACGUCAGAGCUUUUCUUCAAGCUCGACAUCCACCUCCGGCUCGUAUUCAAUUAUACAAUUUAUCCCGUGCACGACCGAACGUGACUAGGCUUCCUGGUAGACAUAUCGAUUGCUCGUUUGCCUAUGCUACGUCGGAAUCUAAUGCUCCACUGUUGUCUGCGUUGUACCAAAUUUGCCAGGACAUUUAUCGAUACUUGAACGCAGACUUUAAUCACGUUGUAGUGUUAUAUUGUACCGAUGGAUAUCGAGCGAGCGCCACUAUCGCUUGUACUGUACUCAUUUAUGCUAAAGCAUUAACGACCCCUGAAGAAACGAUAGCACUGUUCACAACUAGGCGCUGUCAGCCACCUCAAUUGCAACCAUCGGAAUUACGCAGUAUUCAUUACAUGAGCUUAUUAAGUAGUGGUAUACAACCUCAUACGAAGCCGUUGGCUCUUCGCUCGUUACUUAUACAACCGGUGCCGUUGUUUACCAGAGCAAAAGAUGGCUGCCGACCCUACGUAGAUGUCUAUAGUAAUGGUGCAUUAGUUUUCUCCACCAAGCGGCCAGAGUAUGAGGACAUGCGACUGUUUGGCAUGAUGGAAGGGAAAGCUUCCUUGGCGUUAGGAAACAUAACAGUUCGUGGAGAUGUUACUAUAGUAAUAUUCCAUGCUCGUCAGCAACUUGGCCGUAUAAUUGGAAUUAAAAUUGCGUGUGUUCACUUUCACACCGGUUACAUACCUUUGACUGAAAAUACUUUAACGUUUAAGAAGAAAGAUUUGGACGACGCGCCUGAAAUCGGAGGAAAAUUCCGUGUUGUUUUGAAUAUAAUGGUAGCUGAAGAAAAUUCGAAGCUAGCUAGGGUACCAGCACCUUGGGAGGCAGACGCGGCUGGCAACUUGAUCCCAGAUCCAUUAUUUGGAUCCACUUUAGAAAUGGAAGAAACAUUAGAGAACUUUAGAACUGCUCAACCAGAAGAGAUUCAGAAAGAAGUAUCAGCUACACCAGCGGUUGAAGUACCAAGUAACGUCAACGUGCAAGAGGAAGUUAAACCGGAAGAAACUGUAGAAGAAAAGACUAAAGAAGAAAGUAUCCCGCAAGAAGCCGAUCUACUAAACCUAGGAAUGCCAGAUACCAGUACCUUAAAUUCUCCACAGCCUCCAGUAAACCCUGGAUUAGACAUUUUUUCUAGCUCUAGUCAAAACGAAAAUGAUCUCUUAGCAGGUUUUGGUGUUUUUACUCAGCAAGAAGCAAAAAGCACCGCACCCAAUAUUAGUGAUCCCGUCCAAAAUGAUUUACUUUUUGGACACGAUCAGCCUACGAAAAACGAUAAUACUAACAAUAACUUAAGUAUGAACAAUUUAUUUUUUGAUCAGAGUCAAUCCAACAGCAAACAGCAAGUCAACGAUUUGUUGUUCGAUCCUUUGGGUGGAAACUCUGCGAAUAAUCUGUUAGGGGGUAUGCCAAGUUCUAAAUCGAGUACCGUGAAACCUUCGAACACCGAGGAGAGCUUUCCACGGAACUCCAGUGUUCCAAACUUUGCUGCACAGAACAAGGAUCCAUUCGCUAAUCUUGCCAGUUCUCUGGGGACUGGUUUAACGUCCAGUUGGAAUGGAACACCAAGGAAUUCGAAUACUCCACAAUCAGCUAGUCCUGCGCCAGCUAGUACACCGAUUCAUUCCAAUCCUAAUGCGCACAGGUCAAAUGCAACUACUGAGAAUAAUAUGGCGGAUAGUGGUGCUUCUAGCAAUAAAUCAACUAAAUCCAGCGGUGAUGCCUUUGAAGAUUUACUUGGUAGUCAGGGAUACAACUUCUUCAGUUCGAGAAAAGCAGAAAAGGACAGUCCAAAGACAAUAAAUCAAAUGAGGAAAGUUGAGGCUGCUAAGACGAUGGAUCCAGAUCGGUUAAAGAUAGCCGAAUGGACAGAAGGCAAGAAGGGCAAUUUACGUGCUCUUCUUUGUUCGAUGCAUACUGUUCUGUGGCCAGAGGCUGACAGGUGGCAACGUGUCGAAAUGCACCAAUUAGUCACAGCGGCAGAUGUUAAGAAAGCUUACAGGAAAGCUUGUUUGGCUGUGCAUCCGGAUAAGCAAGCAGGGACGGCCAACGAAAAUAUAGCAAAAUUGAUUUUUAUGGAACUGAACAAUGCCUGGAGCACAUUCGAGAAUGAUGCGUCACAACAAAACUUAUUUAGUUAAUUCCAAUUACUGUUACUUGUUGCAAAAAAUGAAAUUUAUGUCCAUGAUUAAGGUAGUUCCUAGCGGAAAGAGACCCGAGAAUAUUAUUUUAAUGUAAGAUAACUCCGUGUUACAUUCCAGCUAUGUUAUUUUAGCUGUAGCGACAAAAAUUUACCGGAUUCGAUAGCGAAAAUGAAAUGUUUGAAGUUGCAUUUGAAUGGCUACCUGUGUAUAUGCAUCUUUAUCGUAUAAAGCCUUGUAAGAUCACUUACUGUAUUAAGCGUAUUGUGGUAUAACGUAUAUAUGUAUAUAAGGCAAAUGUAAAUUAAGGAAGGUUCCAAAUAUAUAAAGAUAUUUUCCG